CGACCACCAAGCCGUAAACCCCCGCUGCACCACCAGAUAGAUUUCAUCUUCUACCAAAAACAACCGUCCCAUAGAGAAACGACCGUCAAGAAAAGAAAUAUAAGAAUAAUGGGUUUGAGCAUCAGCAAAUUAUUUCAAAGUCUCUUUGGCAAGAGGGAGAUGCGUAUCCUUAUGGUUGGUCUUGAUGCUGCUGGUAAAACUACCAUUUUAUAUAAACUUAAGCUCGGUGAAAUUGUAACCACAAUCCCCACGAUCGGCUUCAAUGUAGAAACUGUUGAGUACCGCAAUAUUUCUUUCACAGUGUGGGAUGUUGGUGGUCAAGACAAGAUUCGUCCUUUAUGGAGACACUACUUCCAAAAUACUCAAGGUAUUAUCUUUGUUGUUGACUCCAACGACCGUGAACGUAUCUCUGAGGCUCAUGAAGAAUUGCAACGUAUGCUUAAUGAAGACGAACUUCGAGAUGCCCUCUUAUUGGUCUUUGCCAAUAAACAAGAUUUGCCAAACGCCAUGAAUGCUGCUGAAAUUACUGACAAGCUCGGUCUUCAUUCUCUUCGCCAUCGUCAAUGGUAUAUCCAAGCCACUUGUGCUACUAGUGGUGAUGGUCUUUACGAAGGUCUUGAGUGGCUUUCCACCAAUCUCAAGAACCAGUAAACGAUUUCAACCAAUAAAUUAUCCUCCAGAGGACGACUAUCCUUACAUCUCUAGUUAUGCAACCUAUGAUUUACUAUCUCUGCAUUUCCUAUGCUCUUUUUCUUUUUGUAUCGUUCUCGAUUCUGCUGUGGGCGUUUGUACUCAUUGGAUUCCUUUCUUUGGAGUCUAACAGUGUCAUAUGAACUCCCAAGUCCUUUGACUUUUAUUAAGCCGAACAUGUACCGUAUUUUAAUGCUCCUUGUUUGGAAUCCAUACGUAAUUCAUUUUAUGUGUUCAAUUUGAUUAGCUCCAUACGUAUUGUACCUGUAUUGCAGACGAGUAGUUCAGGUACGAUCUUAGGCAAUACAAAGAAGAUUCAUAUGGGUUCUUUAGAAUUUAGAGUAUAAAAUUUUCCUAUCCAAGAAGCAAAGUACUUAUUUUUGCAAGUUUCUAUUUUUAGUCAAAUUGGUUUCCUGUCAUGCAAAUACGUGUUAACAUGUUCGUUGUGCAGUGCUUAAAAUUUUGUAUCAAUUCUGAAGCAGAUUUGGAAGCGUUCUGUCUAUCAUUCGUUUGCAUAGAUUCUAUCUGGUCUUUUGAGCAAUACUGCCAUCCAUGACUGCCUUUCUCUUUCUUUUAUGCGUAUGGCUAUCGAAAUUUGUGGACACGGUUUUUUUUUUCUAUCGUCUGUUCAUGCUGAAUGCAGAUUAGGCUUCGUACAGAACUGGACAACGCUUAGUAAAGGUUUAACUAUGUUUGAUAGGCGAUUGCUUUUUCAUGACUGAAGUACAGCUUAAGAUAAUUCAAAGGAUUGAACUUUUUCUAUUCCCCACUACUGCGCAAUAUUGAAGGAAGGCACUGAAUAGAGUUCUCCUGACAAAGAGUAAUUGCAAGGAUAUGAAUCAUAGUGUGAGAAGAUCUCAACCUGAGAAACUACUCUUUUAGUUUUUCACGCGAUUUAUGAAUUCCAGAUACUUCUUGUUAGAAUCGUCCCCCUUGGAGUUUUCUCUAUUGUUUUUAUGUGCUUAUAUAAAGAUAUUAAAUAACAUAUUGAUUAUGUCCGCACGACUUCCGUAAUCUGUUUUGAAGUAAUACUUAUGGAAAAAUUCUAUACAAAAGCAUAAACGGCAAAAUAAACAAAAAU